AUGAAGGUUACUCUCUUUUCAGCACUGGCUGCAGUGGCCAGCGCGGCCGUCCUUUGGGACGGACGAUUCAACGACCUGGGCACAUCAGCCGACCUAAACAAAUGGUCAUGGGGUAACCAAGUUGGACCGUACCAAUACUACAUCCACGGAUCGGGCUCGGUCGAAAAGUACAUCAACUUCUCGCCCGACUUCAAGAACCCGGCGGACACGGUAUCAAAGCAAGGAGCCAAGUUCACGCUGGACUCGACCGCCUUCUGGAAUGGGCAGAAUAUGCGACGCAUCGAGUUGAUCCCCCAGACUAAGGCUGCUAUCAACAGCGGCAAGGUGUUCUACCACUUCAGCAUAAUGCGCAAGGACACCAAUGCCCCGUCUACGAACCGCGAGCACCAGAUCUGCUUCUUCGAGAGCCACUUUACCGAGUUGAAGUACGGCUGGAUCUCCGGCGAGCAGGGCACCGAAAACCCCAACUUGCAGUUCAUGGUCUCGCAAAACUCCAAGUGGAAGACGGAGUGGAAGCCCAACGUCUGGCACAACGUGGCGUUCGAAAUCGACUUCGGCAGCGGCUCCGUCGGCUUCUGGCACUCGGAGGGCGGCGACGAGCUGAAGCAACUAGUAGCCCCCGUCAAGACGUCGACUUCGUCUAACGGCGCCGACUGGCACCUGGGUGUUCUCGAGCUGCCGCGCUCUGGCUACUCCGACGGCGUCGAGGACUUCUUCUUCUCGGGCGUGUACGUCGAGAGCGGUCCCGUCACUACUGCUAUCGGCGGUCCUGGAAAAGGUUGA